CAAUACAUUUCACAUUUGUAUUCUUGACGUUGUUAAUAGUUUGUACUUUGAAUUGAAAUUAAUUACUUAUUUUGAAACUCACUGUGCUGCUUUGUUUGGCCGAAGAAAAAAGUUGGAUAUCAAAAUCUCCUCGUGAUUUGCGGAAGAAAAUUAAUAAGUGGACAAGGAGGCAGUAGCAUCUACUGAUCUACCAGCAUGCAGGCCGAGGUUGACCAAUUGAGAAAUUUGAACCUUGUCGCCAACAUCGAUGCCGAAGUGGGGAUGAAGGCCUUGUUCAAUCCUCUGAUUCUGUACAAUGUCUUCUCCUCCUUGGACACCCCGACGUUAAAGUCAGUUCGCCUCGUUUGCACACUUUGGGCCGACGUGGGCACCACAUUUCUCGGCAAGCAGGCCCUUCUCACCUAUUCGAUACCACCAAACCCCAGAAACUGUAAAGAGUUGACCUCAUUCAAUCCCGAAUUAGCCAGGAACAUAGCAUUACAAUUCUACAAGGACACUAAAUGUUGCUACAAUUACCCUUGUACAUGUCCCCCGAAUGUGACUAAUCUGCCCCCCAACUUUGUCUUAAUUUUGCCCGAGAUUUCUGAUAAGUUGGAAACCCUAAAGUUCUCCAACCUCCAGGCGUUUGAACUAGUGCAGGAAAUUUGGUGCAUUUUUAAUUUCUCAAACCUGACUCACCUCUGGAUCACCGUUAACGGAAAGGAACACGGUAGAAAGGUGCCACCACCACCACCGCAGGUCGAGACGGCUGAAUUUCGACCGCUCCCAAAUCUCAAAGCAUUCUUCUUGGAAAUUUCGCCCAUUUGCCGGGAAUACUGGUCGAAGGGCGUGAUGACCUUCUGUCAAAACCUGGUCAACUCGGCCCCCCACCUGGAAGAAGUCGACCUUACCGCGAAUUUCUACUUGGACAUGAAGGCAUGCGGAAAACUCAAAAACUUGCGGUUCAACUAUGAUGCUCGUAGUGGUUUACAAUUCAAAACCGGCGAGAUGACGAAAAUGCUGGAAAGUUGUCGAGAUUCUUUGGAAAGUUUGACCUUGGAUCAUACUAGUUGGUAUGAAUCCCUGAAAGAGGUGAAUUUGCACCUCCCUAAUCUCACCCACCUCGGACUGAAUAAUGCCCACUCGUAUAUCAUUAAGGACUCACUGAACGUCACUAAUCUCCCAAAAGUGACACAUUUUUCCAUGUCGAGCAUCUUUCCUUUAUGCAGCUUCGACAUUUUUGCAAUGGAUGAACCCUACCAUUUGCGUCACAUUGGGAUAACGUCGCUUGAUCUGUCUUGCGUCCAUUGUCCAUUCAAGAAUCGCACCGACGAUGGAGAAGCUGCCGGAAGACUGGUCAAUCUCUUCCCGGCCGUGAAGGAAUUGAAAUUGAAGUUAAUUAUUCAAGGGGGUUUUGAUCAGUAUUUUUUGGGUUUGAUGGGAAUAUUACAAUCUUUCGGCGAUUGGGAGUUGACAAGCGGUCAGGUGGAGUUUGAGAUUUUUCCUGAGGGCCAUAAUGAUUACGAGUUCGGUUCGAAACUGAUAAUUGCCGUGUUGGGAGGGAUGGCGGGAUGGAGAGGUUAUAAUUUCACACAAUUUGAUCUGUAAUUAUUGUAAUAAUUAACAUUUAAGAAGUGACUUUAAUAAAAUUUUACAAGUGUGACGAGCAUGUCACUUCAAUUUACUGGUCAUGGAGAGUUUAGACUGUUGGAUGAGAUGCGAGAUAUCCUCCUGUCAUGUAGGACGAUGCGAAAAAUUCGAAGCGUAGCUAUUACUGGAUUUUGGAUGAACGAGGGGACGACGGACGAUUUUCAGACGUUUAUUCGAGAGCAUAAUUUGCCAAUUAGUGUUUCUUAUUCAUAAUUCUUACCAAUUACGCCGUUAAAUUAGUGGAGUUGUACAAAUAUGGUCAUUUAUUGCAAUGUCAGUGCGUGCGUGCACAAUUUUAUUUUACAUAUGUAUGUCUCAUCUUAUUCUCCAUCCAUAUGCUCCCAUGACAAGAUAAGCAUGUGGUAUUUAUACCAUACGUGUAUGUAAGUUACAUAAUGUAACUUGGAUGUACAUAUUUUCAGUUCACCUUAUUUUUUAAAACUAUACUUUUAUCACGUUGGCGUCACGUUACUCUGGAUUUACUAAAUCAAAGUGUGCUUAAUAUUGAAUUCAGAAUGCAUUUAUGUAAAUACUUUUCAAAAUGGUAACAUCAUUUUUACUUCACGUGAUACAAUUUAUGACGGUCAAAUUAGGGAAUUAUCGUGGUGCUUUUGCAAAAGAGAGGUUCAGAUCUUUGUAGAGUAAAUUUUUUGAAGUUGAUAUUUUUAGUCAAUUUUAUGAGGAUGAUCAUUAACAAAUGUACAUAUUAAAAGUGGUAUUACAGUUAUUUGUCACGUAAUUCUGUACGGACGAUUUGCAAAAUUUGUACAAAAAUAAAGCGAACAGAACACAUUUUACUCUUCUUAA